CAACAGAACGUGGGCGAUAAUCAAUCAACUACAUUAUAAUAAAUAUCCCUCCGACGCUUCUCGUGAAUGAUGCCGAUACAAAGCGAUGAGUGGAAAUUUCGGCGUCAUGAAUUACGCCGCUCCGAACUUCCGAAAUCCAUACCACCACCUUCAUUCAUAUAUGGGCUCGCCUCAAGACAAGUCUGCAAAAUCCAGUCCCAAGGAAGACGCUAACGGUCCCGAGCAAGACGGGCAGAACAUUGUUAGCCCAGUGUCAGCAAGCUCUCGUCAGAGUAGGCCAGGGCAGAGCAGGAGACGAAUGGUCUUUUCAGAUCCUAUCGCAUUCCGGUACUUGGAAGAAGAUCCUGCAACCGAUGCCAUUGAGCGAUGGAGGCGACUUAAGGGCUAUGAAUUAUACAUUGUAGAGCAAUGGGCUUGCUCCAGGACGCAUCCUACUUUUGUCAUCUGCACGUACACCGGCGACCCUUCACACUCCAUCCUAGUCAACGUUCUUGCGGUUCCAGGCGACGAAACCGCCUGGUCCCAAAGGCUACAAGUAUACUUUCAAGCGGUCUCACAGUUCCACGCCAAAGAGAAAGACACGCCUUUAGGCACGCUAAUGGUUACGAAUCUAAGCGGCUUCCCGUCUGCCUUGACAGUUAUCCCGAUACCAGAUGGCGAUGUUCGGAAACACAAGGAGGACUUCAUUGUCAAUGAAAACCUGAAACGAAUGGGAUGUUCGGGCAGAGCCGGCCUAAAUCUUCAGCCUCCUCAGCCGAGCACCGUUGCAAAGUUUCGCCACUUGUACCGGACCAGCGAGACGGUGCCGCUGUAUCGGUCUGUCAUGGAAUUGGUGCGCCUAUGUCAGAUUGCGUUGGUCAUGUACGACAAGCUGCAACCAGCCUAUGCUGAUGGGUUACUCUGCGAUGUCACUGAAAAAGCCAUCAACGAUUGGUGGACUGACAUUGGCACCUACUUCUACAAUGUCGAGCCGAGCGACGGAAUUCUUGGUGCUACCACUGUGGCGGCCCUUCUUGGCCUACUCAUUGGUGCAUACAAUCGGUUGAAGGCAUUUGGUUCACCCGUCGGCAAAGAGGUGCUGGACAUAUAUCAAAUGAAAAGAGCCAUCGGACAUUUCCAGAAAAGUCAUAAAAUGGAAAAGACGCGACGGCUCGAUCGUGAGACCCUCGAUCGACUUCAUCGAGCAACAGCAAAGAAUGCUGCUGGCGAAGGCUGGACUGUACCAAAGGCCGUCAAGUCCACCGUUGCCGAACUGAGCGGCAAAGGAGGUGAAAUGGUCAUGGGUAUUGUAGGAGCCCGCGACAAGGCUGGCAUUUCCGAAGCCGAGACGCUGGAUAUUGACCGCUUCGCCCAACUCGUUACUGGCCCCAGAUUGAAAUGGUUAUGGCAAGGCAAACCCAUCAAAUCCGGAGAUUUUGUUGCUCCCGUCGAUUCGCUUAAUGGACGAGUCUUCAAGACUGACGACCAAGGCAACUUUCUUUGGACGGGGGAUCGACACGACUCGAUCUUUGAUGGCGGCACUCUUGAGCGGACCGAUACCUCGAUGACUAAUCAGACUUUGGACGGGAGGUCUAAUCGCAGUCGCAUUCGGGAUGCUGUAGGAGGGCUGAAAACUCAUCGCUCUCAAUACUCUAAGGAUGGCGAGGACUCUCAGGAUUGGAUUGACGGCGGACUCUCCAAAUCGUCCCGCCAUCUGCCUCAUGAAUACACCUCACGCCCUCCAAUGACUCCCAGGCAGACCGGUCCUCCUGCGUUAGACAUGGCCCUGCGAGAAGCCGGAACAAGUUCUCCCAAGGAAAUACGUGGUCAGCCGUUCACAAGAGCAAACACGACUUCAGGAAGACAGAUACCCUCGCAUCGUCAGCAACUGCGACCCUCAUUGCCCGGAGAUUCUCCUAGGAGGAAGAAACUCGUUGCCGAAAUGGCUGAACUGCGCAACGAGUUCCAGUCGGACAUUUACAGAAAUUUCUCCGCCGAAUUGCCAUACAGAGGACUUCACAGCCGGGUUUUACGACGAUCAGCAAGUGCCAUAUCUUUGACAGGCAGAAUCGACGUCGACAGCCCCCGUGUCAACCGGCUUACACGGCGACUAUCAUUCAGCAUGGUGGAAAAUGCUGUCUUGAGGAUGCCAGAAAACGUGGCCGAGGAGGGCAUCGUGAAGGGUCGGAUCGAAGGCGAUCUUACAAAUGCUCUGGCCGAACGUGAAUCUCUAAUCGCAGCUGCACAGAAGAAAGCAAGACGGAUACAAACCAUCCAGCAAGUGCUUAUCCCCUUUACUGAAGGCCGAGUCGCUCAUGUGGAGACGCUCGAUCACGCUGCACAUCAAAACCUGGAACAUCUCAACGAGCUUUACUAUCAUCGGUUGGAAGAGUAUCAGACUCUGCAAGCGACGUCAUCGGACAUCGUCUCUCACGAGAAAAGUGCGUUGACCGAGAGUCUUAGGAGGAUCGAAAUGCUUGGAGCGAAGAUGGACUACGAGCUCGAUUCAUUGCAAUCAAGACUGCAGGAAGUCGAGGACGGUGUCGGUGACUUCGAGCGGAAUGUUCUUGCGAUCGAGGCCAGGGUGAAGGAGUUGAUUGGUCAAGAGGCGCCGAAAUCAGCGCCUUGGUUACAGCAAGUGUUCAAUUUCUUGGGAUCGAGGAAGGGAGCCAAAAGCUGAUUGAUCACUUCAAGUAAUUGCGUGAAGCUUAGCGAGGAGUUAGAAUGGGAAGGCCGAUCAUGAUGAUAUAGCCGGAGCAUAAUGUUGAUUCUCUCCAUGCAACCAGAAUGGAGAUGUUGUUUGAAGCAGACUCCUGCUUCAGCCGGCCUUGACAGAAC